AUGCGGCUUUCCAUUCUCACUGCUGCGGCCAUCGCACCCUUGGUCUCAGCUCACUACUUCUUCAACACCCUCAUCAUUGAUGGCCAGGAGACCAAUCCGUACCAAUAUGUUCGAUCCAACACCCGACCCCACAAAUACAACCCUACCAAAUGGAUCAAUCCUCGCGAUGACAUGACCCCCGACAUGCCCGACUUCCGCUGCAACAAGGGUGCGUUCACCUUCGCCAACGAGACCUCGGUUGCAGAAGUCAAGGCGGGCUCCAAGCUUGCCCUGAAGCUUGGGGUUGAUGCCACGAUCGCCCACCCGGGCCCUGCAUUCGUGUACAUGUCCAAAGCGCCAGACACAGUCCGCACCUACGAGGGAGACGGCGACUGGUUCAAGAUCCACGAAGAAGCCGUCUGCGACAAGGGCAAGGACUUUACCAAGAAAGCCUGGUGCAUGUAUGGCAAGGAUCGCAUUGAAUUUACACUCCCUGCAGACCUCCCGGACGGGGAGUAUCUGGUUCGGCCGGAGCACAUCGGGCUGCAUGUGGCGUGCAACGGACAAGCCGAGUUCUUUAAUACGUGCGCCCACGUCAAGAUUGUCAACGGCGGCCAUGGAAGCCCUGGACCUACUGUCAAGUUUCCUGGCGCUUACAAGCAAGAUGAUCCCUCGUUCAACUUCAGUAUCUACGGCGGCUAUAAGGAGUAUCCCAUGCCUGGUCCGGAGGUCUGGACUGGUGGAAUUGGGAACUCUACCGCUGGGUUGGCCAAUAUCCAUGCUACCAAUGCUACCUCCCGUGGGGAUGAGGGCACUUGCAAGAGAAGCUUUACCCACCACCGGCAUGGUCGUCACUAG